GGACACAAGAGUUACGUACCUAAUAUGAUUAGUGGAGCAUCUCAAGUAGACAUUGGUGCUGGUGAUUUCAGCUCUAAAAGGUGAAUUUGAAACAGGAUAUGAGAGUGGGCGGACACUUUAACAUGUUCAACUUGCCAAAACUUUGGUUGUGUGGAAGCUGAUUGUUGUUGUGAACAAGAUGGAUGAUCCAACUUUAGGCCGGUCGAAAGAAAGGUUUGAUGAAGCAAGAGCAGAGGUUGUGAGAGCAUAACUGGUGGAGCUCAUUGAGAGAUACGCAGCGGGGGAAUCUGUUAGUGUAAGAUGUAGUAACUAGCUUGGCUAAGGCAUUUGAAGACAGCAAGAAGAGUCUCUAGGUUCCUGUUUUUGCUUAUUCUGGAUUUGUAAUGUUAGGUUAAGACUUAUUUUCAGACUUGUAAUGUGUGUAGUGUAUUGUAGUUGAAAUUUUCAAGAUGAUAUGUACUGUAUUUUGAGGCUUCUAUAAAGUUUUAUUUAUAUAUCA